CAGACAGGUAAACAUGACGAUUGUUACAUAAGUUGCAGAGCAGUAUUAAGCUGUAAUUGUCUUUAAUCCUGGCAGUAAAUCAAGUUUUAGGAAUAUUAUUAUAUCAUAACUAAACGAUCUAUUAAACGAGAAAUCAUGUCUAUAUACAGAACUUCUGUUUGGUUUAUGAAAGGACUGAAAGAAUAUACUAAACAAGGAUACUUAAAUGCUAGUAGAAGUUUCCGACCUGGUGAUCUUGAUGUUGAUGUCACUGGUAAAAGUUUUAUGAUAACAGGAGCUAACAGUGGGAUAGGAAAAUGUACUGCUUUAGCCAUUGCCAAAAGAGGUGGAAUAGUUCAUAUGGUGUGUAGAGACUCAAUAAGAGGAGAAGAUGCCAGAAAAGAAAUAUCAGAAGCAACAGGAAACCAGAAUAUAUUCUUACAUCUACUAGAUAUGUCCAAGCCAAAAGAUAUUGCAAAAUUUGCUACAGACUUUGAAACCUCUGGGAAAAACUUAGAUGUUUUGAUAAAUAAUGCAGGUUGUAUGGUAAUUAUAAGAGAGUUGACAGAUGAUGGACUGGAGAAAAAUUUUGCUACAAAUACUUUAGGUGCACAUGUUUUAACAACCUCAUUGUUAUCUGUGCUGAACAAAGCUGAAAAACCAAGAGUGAUAUUAGUAACAUCUGGUGGAAUGUUAGUACAAAAGUUAGAUCUAAAGGACUUACAGUUUGAACAGAUGUAUCCAUUUGAUGGCACCAUGGCUUAUGCACAGAAUAAACGACAACAAGUUGUAAUGACAGAACAGUAUGCUAAAAAGUAUCCAAAUAUACACUGUUCAUGUAUGCAUCCAGGAUGGGCUGAUACUCCAGCUGUUAAAAUGUCGAUGCCAAGUUUUCAUGCUAAGAUGAAGGACAGGUUACGGACACCAGAACAAGGUGCUGAUACACUAUUAUGGUUAGCCAUAUCAGAUGCAGCACUUAAACAACCUAGUGGAUUAUUUUUUCAAGAUCGUACAUCAGUAUCAAAACAUCUACCUUUAGCAUGGUCCAAAUCUACACCAGCACAAGAUGAACAACUUAUGUCUACCUUAGAUGAAUUAUCAAAACAGUAUACUACGCUUUCAUAAUAUUUUAUAAACCGGUAGUG